AAUAUAUAUAUAUGCCAAUUUCAAUUUUUAGAUGUCUACGAAAGUCAGGGCAAAUUCCACAUAAGCAUAGGCCUCCUUUCUCUGUCUUCGGAUUUCUGCACCAGCUCCAAAUCGUCUGAACUUUGCCCAAACGAGUGCAUCAUCAACCUCGCUUCCUCACCGAAUGGCAAACUCGUAACAACCCUAGCGUUAUCUCCGUCUUAACCAAACGGUGCGUUUUGGCUCUCAACGUCUUCGCGCGCGCCGCUCAAGCUAACGAGACUCUGGUUUUUGGUGCAUGCCAUGUGUUUGAUGAAAGUACCUAAGGCUUCUGUGUCAUUGUUUAGCUAAGGAAGAAGGUUGAAUCUUUUCAAGCUGCCAUGGCUGGUGAGCCAAUCGUUGAAGAUCAACAACGGCAACGAACUUUGAAAGCAUUGGAGCGAAGGUUCGAGGCUGCCCAAGCUGAACUUGAUUUACAAAAAAAGAAGACUGUAAAGAGACCAAAAACCGAGGAACCUGGAAAGAAAUCGCAUAUCCCAACUUCUUCGGCUGUUGAUUCUUCAGCAAAGUCAACCAAUGCAUCAGCCUCACGUUCAACGCCAUCAAAGAAAGGGGCUUUCACUUUUUCUGGUUAUGUUAAUUCACAAGAUAUCGACGAAAGCGGUCCAACGUAUGCAAAACUCUCUCAAUCUGUACAUGAGAAUCUGCUGACAACCAAUGUUGAGGUCUCUGGUAGAAAGGAGAGUAAAGUUGAUAAGGUUUUGCACGAGCUUCUUCAGAGUGGAGACUCGGCUCAGAAGUACAUGCAAGGAUCCAGAAGCAAGAGAAUUGACAAUUGGAUCCUCCUUGACAAUUACGUGCAAGGACGUGGCGUUUCGACUGGCUCUCGUGCCAGGGCGUUGCAGAUUCAUUCGAAGCGCUCGAAAAAACGCAUGUCGAUCAAGCAGCAAAAAAAGCAUGGAUUGUUUGAUUUGCCCCAAGAUUUCCAUUGCUUUGAUAAAUUUAAGCCAAUGCAUGAGAUGUGGAAAGACUAUAUUGUGCAACUUCUGAAAACUACUGGGAAGAAUCAGCUGGCUCAAUGUCUUCUUACUGCAGAUCUACAUGGUGCUAUUAUUUCAGUUGCUGAGUGUAAAGUAACUUCCUACACUGGAGUGAGUGGUAUCAUGAUUCGUGAAACAGCAGAAACAUUUGGGAUAAUUACACAGGAUGAUAAAUUCAGAGUGGUGCCCAAAAGGUUUUCUGUUUUUAUAUUUCAAGUUGAUUGCUGGAAGAUUACCUUGCAUGGGGACAAACUCACUUCAAGAAACUUGAGUUUGUGAUUGUCUCAGAAUCGUCGGACUUUCAAGCAAUAUCAUUGAUAGUCAUAUCAGAGAUUCAGUCAAGAAGUUCUGCAGAAAUGCUGAGUAACAGUGAAAGUCAACUAAAAGGAUCCCCUUAUGUUAUCAAGACAUGGUGCUCUCUUGGGUGGUUCGUUGGUUUGAGUCGUUUGACAAUGCUGGUUGCUGGAUAAGCUGCUGAGAUGGCUUUAGCACCGAACCUUUGAGAAGAGUACUGAUCACAGCAGGAUGGAGACUGGACUCUUGCAGGUACCAGCUGGUCUUUAGUAUGCCGCUAUACAAGCCAUUGCUGUGCAUCACAAAAUUAGAAUAGUUGAAGAACUCUUUGGAAUCCUUUUUUGGGGGGAUUGUCUUCUAUAUUUUUCUCUGCCUGACCUUCUGUUUGAA